AUGACUUCCACAUUGGACAAAUGUGACAAAUGUGGCACCUCUAUUGAGGGUAGCUGCACACUGGCUACUGGAGUGCGGGGCAGGUGCGUGGAAGUACGUCAGUGCCCGACAGUUCUCAGGACUUAUCGCCAAAGCAGACCUCUGGUGUGUGUGUCUCCGGGCGAAGCCAAAGUCGUCUGCUGCCCUGCUUCCAACCUGCAACUGUUACAGGACAUCUCAGCUCCUAUCGUCAAUUUUCAAUGUGGUCAAAACAUCUACCAACCUUUUAAGUUAUACACUGAAAGCGUUGGCCCGAUUCGGUUCCUCCGACCCGAAUCCAUCAAUAAAACAGUUUUAAAUAAAAUAUCUUCUGGAGAUGAUCCACAGCGGCGUCCUGGGGUUCCACUGGCUGCUCUUAAUGACCCUAAGGUAUUCCAGCUCCGUCCUGGACCAAUACUAGGAGCCUUGCGUGUCCUUGGUGGUGUGACCGCUCUAAAGAAUAAUUGGCCUUGGAUGGCUCUGCUUGGGGAAAAGAACGGCAAGGAAAUAAGGUGGUUCUAUGCUGGAGUUCUCAUCAGUGACCGAUGGGUUCUGUCUGCUCUCCACUGUGUUCUCGCCACAAACGACAACGAUGGUGCUGCUCAUGAGGACUUCAGUAUAGUUGAUAUCAUCCCACAUCCUGAGUACUUCCACCCUCAGGCAUACCAUGACGUGGUGCUCCUCAAACUGGACCACAAGGUUAAGUUGAAGCCUUUUAUCAACCCAGUGUGUCUGCCGUGGGGAAGAGAGAGCAGUCACAGUCAGGUAUAUGGACAGAAUGUCAUUCACCCAACUGCAGGGCGACACACAGUUUGUUUAGGAGGAAAGAAACGAGGGGCAGAGAUGGAGCCCCUGGGAGAUACGAACAUGAUCAAGUUUGGUGGCAACCCGAAGGACGGGAGCCGGGUCGGUAGCGUAUUUGCCAUUCAGUUUCCGUACUUUUUUCCAGAUUGCACUCAAGAGGAAGCCGAAGUGACUAGAAACAAUCUCACCACCAAGAGCGUUUAA